AUGCCGGAGAAAAAGAAGGAUGGAAAGCAGGAUCCGCCGAAGGCCGUGCGAGCGAAGCGCCAGGCUGCUGCUGCUGCUGCUGACAGUGCCCCUGGCGCUUCCAAGGAGGCUCCGGCUGCCAAGCGACCACGCGGUCGACCGCCCAAGGCCGUGCCGGUGGACCCGCUAGCGCCGAAGGCCGUCGCGCCCACGGCAGCUCGGAAGUCGCGGAAGGCAGAGGAGGCAACACAGCCCGAGACCGAAAAACCUUCAACCAGCAAGGCAGUGGCACGGAGAGCCCCGAGAUGCCAGGAUGAAGACGAGCCGCAGCAGAUCAAGCCACUCAUCCCGCCCUCGUCAUAG